AUGGCGCUCAGCACCAACCCAAAGCCCUCUGGCAAUAGCAGCACCGCCUUUUGCCCACGAUCUCAGUACUCAGGUCUCUCCUUCAGAAUCAAGGAUGGUCCUCCUGUGCAGGGCAUGGACGUGUGUCUGAGCUCCGCGCAGCAGCCUGCGUGCCUGGGGGAGGCAGCAGGCCGGCUAGAGGCAGCCGAGGAGGGGACUGUCCAGGACUGUGGCACCGGGGGAUCCCCAGGAGAUUCUAAGGAGAUGGAACCAUGUCUCCACAACCUCCAGAAAUUCGUCCCUACAGAUUAUGCCAGCUACACUCAGGAGCAUUACUGCUUUGCAGGCAAGAAGAUCGUCAUUCAAGAAUCCAUAGAGAGUUACGGAGCAGUGGUGUGGCCAGGGGCUACUGCUUUGUGUCAGUAUUUGGAGGAACACGCACAGGAGCUGAAUCUCCAAGAUGCUAAAAUUCUUGAAAUUGGUGCUGGACCAGGACUUGUUUCCAUUGUGGCCAGUAUCUUAGGAGCUCAAGUCACAGCAACAGAUUUGCCUGAUGUCCUAGGAAACCUCCAAUAUAAUCUCCUGAAGAACACAUUAAAACGCACAGCACAUCUACCUGAAGUGAGAGAACUGGUAUGGGGGGAAGACCUGGAGCACAACUUCCCCAAGUGCACAAGUUACUACGACUACAUUCUGGCUUCUGACGUGGUCUAUCACCACUACUUCCUGGACAAACUGCUUUCCACCAUGGUGUACCUUUCUCAGCCAGGGACAGUGCUGCUGUGGGCAAAUAAGUUCAGAUUCAGCACUGACUAUGAAUUUUUAGAUAAAUUCAAGCAAGUUUUUGAGGCAACGCUCUUGGCUGAAUAUCCAGAGUCAUCAGUGAAAAUUUUUAAGGGGAUAUUAAAAUGGGACUAA